UGACUGGGUGUAUUGAUACCGCAUCCAAAGUGUAAUUAAUAACUUCACCGUGUUCAAAGGAAAAUUCUAUAUCUUAUUUUUUUUAUACAUUUUUUUUUACCCAUCUUCUUUGCAAACCAUUGGAAAACCUCCCUGCUCGACUGAGAGACCUUAUAUAUAAAUUGUAUGUGUGGGGUACAGAGAUGGUGUUAAACACCAUUAUUUCACCCAGUUAGUCCAUGCAACUUAUCUGACUAGUUCAGCAAAUGUUUACUUUUGAAGUUAUUUAGGCUUGCCAUAACAAAGGAGUUUAAUACUUAUUAACUCAUGACAUUUCACCUUUCCAUUUGUAUUAAUAUGUAAACAUUUCUAAAAACAUAAUUCCACUUUGACAUGGGGUAUUGUGUUAAGAUCAGUGACACAAAAUCUAAAUGUAAUACAUUUUAAAUUCAGGAUGUAACAACGAAAUGUGGAAAACAUCAAGGGGUGUGAAUACUUUGAGGGCAAGGUAGUUGUUUCACUAACUCACCUGACUACUGUGCAAGCUGUUGUCAACCGUCACAACACACACCCACACACAAUCACACAUAUACCUGACUAGCUGGAAGUACUUUCUUUGGCAGUGGUGACAGCAGCUUUGUAGGACAGUCACAAACUUAUUUCAUUCUUUCAACUCCAUUGCAGAAGAAAGAUAUACGGGCUUCUGGUAGGAGAAAAUGAUGGCUGAGGCGGGGGUCCUGGAGAUGUUUUCGGAGCAGGAGCUGACCUGUUCCAUCUGCUUAGACCUGUUCAACGACCCAGUGUCGACGCCCUGCGGACACAACUUUUGCCAGGGUUGCAUCGGAGGCUACUGGGCCUCCAGCACCACCUGCACCUGCCCGCUCUGCAAGCAUCAGUUCCCUGAGCGGCCUCAGCUCAACAUCAACCGAGUCUUCGCCCAUAUCGCUGAGAAAUACAAAGAAGCUCACUACGGCACAGGAAAGCUGCACAUGUCGGACGUGAAUACACCGGGAGCCAUGGCCAACAGCAACCCGUUCCUAGAGGAGAUGAUCAAAUGUGAUGUGUGUACAGGGAAAAAACAAGUGGCGAUCAGCUCGUGUUUGACCUGCACGGCAUCCUACUGCGAGGCCCAUGUGCAGCCUCACCUGAACACGCCCUUCUAUGCCAACCACCAGCUCCUGGAGCCCCGGGAAGCGCUUCGCGGCCGCACCUGCCCACUGCACCACCGGCUUCUGGAGGUGUACUGCCGCACGGACCAGAUCUGUAUCUGUGCCAUCUGUGUGCUGGAGGAGCACCGCACACACCGCACCGUGUCCGUGCAGACAGAGCGAGUCAACAAACAGAAACUCAUUGGAAAGACGGAACUGGAGAUUCAGAACCGGAUUGAGGGGAAGCACUUCCGUCUGAAUGAGCUCAAGAGCCGACUGGAGACCGUCAGGAACUAUGCACGGGGUGAGAUGUCGGAGGUGGAGCAGUUGCUGGGGGAGCUGAGUCGCUCGGUGGACAGGAUCCGUGAAGAGCUGGUGGGCGGGAUGGAGGAGAAGCGGGCGUCAGUGGAAACACGGGGGGAGGGGCUAGUGACCCGUUUGGAGGAGGAGCUUGGCCAGCUGAAGGUGCGGCGAUCCAGACUGGAAGCCCAGGCCACGUCUGAGGACCACAUUGGCUUCCUCCAGAGUUUUGAGGAGGCGAGUGCCCCCAUACAGGCAGACUCUGACACCCAGGAGUUGGAUGCCGAGGCGGAGGUGUCGCUGCAUUUCUCUCUGGGGGAGGUGAAGGUGGCUCUGGGGGAAUUGAAGAAGAGUAUGGAUGAGAUCCGCAUGGGGGAGGUGCAAUCCCGAAGCUCCCUUACUUCCCUACGGGAGAGCGACAGUAUGAUGAGUAUACAGACACUACGGACCACUAAGAGUCAGUGGUCUCUACGAGAUCUAAAAAAGAUCAAAUCUGGAUCAGGGCUGAAGAAGAUCCAGUCUUAUUUAGAGGAUGUGACGCUAAACCCAGUGACGGCGUACCCCUUCCUCAUCCUCUCUGACGACAGGAAGCAGGUAAAGAGAGGAGAGAAACUGCAGUUCUACAGGAACAGCACCCAACGCUUCGACGUCUGGUCUUGCGUGCUGGCCAAAGAGGGCUUCAACUCGGGGCGACACUACUGGGAGGUGAAUGUGGGUGAGAAUAAAGACUGGAAGGUGGGCGUGGUGCGGGAGUCAGCCCAGAGGAAAGGGCUGUUUGACAUGAGCCCUAAUAGUGGUUACUACGCCCUCUGGUGGGGGGGCACCCACCUGCGCGCCCUCACUAUUCCGGCCCUCACCAAGGUUAAGACAUCGGUGCGCCUCCGCAGAGUGGGUGUCUACCUGGACUGUGAGGAGGGUCAGGUGACCUUCUACAAUGUCAAGACUGGCUCGGAGGUGUACAGCUUCAGCGUGCCUGAGUUCUCUGAGAGGAUGUUUCCUCUACUGGGCACUGGGGACAGGGAGGUGCCCCUGGCUCUCAUGAUCACACAGUGUAGCAGUGUGCCCGAAUGAGAGGAUAGUGAGAAUGAAUGGUGAGAUGACAUGAGUGUGUGCAUGCAUAGACAAUUUAUGAAAGUGAAAGUGUUUUAGGGUGAAUUUGCUUGAAGUUUAAAGUGUGGUUAGCUUGGAUGAGUCAGUGGGAAAGUGAGUGCAAGUUUGAGUGGAUGAUGAACAUAUUGGUGAAAAUAUUUUAGGUUGAUUGUGCUUGAAGAUGAGGUAUGUGAGACGGCAGAAGGGGACCAAGAGAAAUGGAGUCGUAUGGCGUGAAAAUAAGAUGGAGAGAAGUCUCAUCUUUACAUUUUGCCUGCAACCUCCAAUUCAGCUGUUGGCAUUGUCCAGUACCCACUGAACAUUUGACUCAUUGCACACUGAACAUUUGACUCAUUGCACACACACAGGUUCACAAUGCACUGAAAAGCAGGUGAUGGGGCAAAACACUUGUGUGGAAUCUUUUAAUUACUUAAUGGUCAGGAAUCAUUAAGUCAGAAUUGAUAUCUGAAAUCACAAUGGUACACUUGUAUUCUAACCCUCUUCGUUGUCACAAUUUUCUAAUAUUUGUGUCAAAAUGGCUUCAGUCUAAGGUUCUUAUUUAUCUUGGUGGGGAUAUCUUUUGUAUUGUUCAAGGUUGUUUCACACUAACUCAGGGUUUCCCCUGAGGGGUGCAGGUUUUAUUUUUUUGCCCUAGCACUACACAGCUGAUUUCAACUAAUCAUCAACCUUUGAUAAUUUGAAUCAGCUGUGUAGUGUUAGACAAAAACGUGCACCCCUUGGGGUCCAGAGGACCGAGUUUGGGAAAUGCUGCACAACCUACUUUUGUUCUACAUCUGGAAUUGAAUUCUGUCCUGUUUGCAGCAUUGUGUACAUGUUUUACAGUUGUCAGAAUGGUGGACGAUGAUCAUAGACAUUUGCUGAAUGAC